UGGUGCUCGCUGCUCCCAGGUGCCCUUGCCCGCCGAGUCACGUGUCGGGGGGAAGCGGGAAGGCAUCCUUCUCUCCUUUCCUAGCGCCCCAUCCGCCAUGUUUUCAGGCCGGGUCUGACUUGGUAUUCCCCCAUAAGGAAAUGGCCAGAGAGCUCAAGGAAGCCCGGGCGCCGUUCAUUCGGCGGCGCCUGGGCUGAGGAGGCGGAGCAGCGAGAAAUCCGAGCAAUUCUGCCUUGGAAGGAGGUCAUGGCGUCCAGCAGUAACUGGCUGUCCGGUGUGAAUGUCGUGCUGGUGAUGGCCUACGGGAGCCUGGUAUUUGUACUGCUGUUUAUUUUUGUGAAGAGGCAAAUAAUGCGAUUUGCAAUGAAAUCUAGAAGGGGACCUCAUGUCCCUGUGGGACACAAUGCCCCCAAGGACUUGAAAGAGGAGAUUGAUAUUCGACUAUCCAGGGUUCAGGAUAUCAAGUAUGAACCACAGCUCCUUGCCGAUGAUGAUGCAAGACUGCUACAGCUGGAAACUCAGGGAAAUCAAAGUUGCUACAACUAUGUGUACAGGAUGAAAGCUCUGGAUGCCAUCCGUGCCUCUGAGAUCCCAUUUCAUGCUGAAGGCCGGCAUCCUUGUUCCUUAAUGGGCAAGAAUUUCCGCUCCUACUUGCUAGAUCUGCGAAACACUAGCACUCCUUUCAAGGGUGUUCGCAAGGCCCUCAUUGAUACCCUCCUGGAUGGCUAUGAGACAGCCCGCUACGGAACAGGGGUCUUUGGCCAGAGUGAGUACCUACGCUAUCAGGAGGCCUUGAGUGAGCUGGCUACCGUGGUCAAAGCACGAAUUGGCACCUCACAGCGACAGCAUCAGUCAGCAGCCAAAGACCUAACUCAAUCUCCUGAAGUCUCCCCUACAACCAUCCAAGUAACAUAUCUCCCCUCCAGCCAGAAGAGCAAGCGUGCCAAGCACUUCCUGGAAUUGAAAAGCUUUAAGGACAACUAUAACACACUGGAAAGUACUCUGUGAUGGGGCCGAAGGACUUUUACUGCAUACUGAGCUGGACAGUUGCUGUUUGCAAGACAGCUUGCUUACAGGGUGCAUUUGGGCCAUCUGACUCAGCAGCUAAAGCCCUGUACUUGAAAGAUUAUUACUGACCCUUUCUUACAGGCAUUUUCAAGAAUUAGUUAAAACUUUAUUUCCCACAGUAGCACUUUUUUCUGCAUUUGAAUUCAUGUUAUUCAUACUGGGUUUUUGUCAGAUCUUCCUUAAAAUGUUUCACUUAUUUUUGACCAGAGCUUUUUCAGGCUCUUUAAUCUCAGAAGUGAGAGUUGAGGUGAGAUAUCUUCUGUUUCUUCCCUGUUGUACUUAAUUGAAUGAGAACUAUUGGGUUUAGAGUGUUGUAGAGUUCUUGGCUGGUGGUGAAAGCAGGUAGUAUGCCAGGUACAGUUGACUCACGCCUUUGAUCCCAGCCAUCAGGAGUCUGGAGGCAUGAGGAUUUUGAGUUCAAGGGCACCCUUAUCUACAUAGCAAACUCAAGGCCAGUUUCAGCUACACACACAAAAAUGUGGCUUCAAAACAAACUGGUGGGGAGAGGCGGUGAGGGAGUAAGUGGUUUGUGGAACGGCUUACCCUGGUACUCUACUGUAAAGCAGGAUGUGUUGGAAAAUUGACACAGUUUUCCUGAUGAGCAGGGAUCUGCCCUCCUACUUUAGUUGUUUUGUUGGUUUGGUUUGGUUUUUUGUUGUUUUGUACCAGGAAUUAAACUUAUGACUUCA